AUGGGCAGAGAAUCAACUAAUAAUACAGCUGUAGAUAAUAUCCUCAAUAUCUAUACAACAAAGGAAUUUAAUGGUAUUGCGGAUUUUGGCAAGCAUAAUUUUGAUGCAAUUUUUGAGUCAUUGCAGAGGCUCUUUGGGUUGAGUGAAGACAAACCUUUAGAAAGUAUAGAAGGGUAUGUUAUGGAUCAUGCUCCUGCUUCUACUAGAAAUUUUACUGAAAAUUAUCAGGUUAUGGAUGGAAGCCAUAACCUUCUUUUAGGUAAUCAAAGUCUACUUUUAAAUAAUCAAGGUCUACUACCAGCCAAUACUGGUUUCUUUUUGGACAUUGCUUUUAUGCUUAUGGUCAUCAACAGUAAGACGGAUAGAAAUUAUGAAGCUAUUUUAAAGAUGAAAACAAAGGUCGAUAAAAAUUAUGAGACCAUUAGAAGAGUAAAAAAUAAAGUAGAUAGAAAUCUCGAGGUAAUGUUAUCAAGGUUUAAGAUAUCAGAACGUAACCUUAGCAACACAAUGGAAAAAGCAUUUACAGAUGUUAUUGAUUUUGUCAGGAAAACAAGAAUAGAGGGAGUAACUUCAGAAUUAAUUACUUUUAUGAAAUAUUUUAUACAAGAAAAAGAUGCUAUAAGGUAUUUAACUCAUGACCAAUACGUCGCUAAGCUUGAUGAAGUCAAUGACAUUUUAUGUCAUUUGCAAAAUUCCAGAGUACCACAAUCAGGAAGUUUGCAUACACUUUUGCACGAUAUAAUUAUUCAAAGGUUUGCUAUUCCAGAAAAUUCUAAUGACAAGGUAGCAUUUACUGCACUUGGUUUGUUAUGCUCUGGAACCGCAGUUUACAUUUCUGCAAUAUACUUUUCACUUAAGGAAUAUAGCUACCUUGCUAAUUUCCAUUAUCAACAGAAUGAUUUAGAGCAAUAUAAUCACUACCUUUUUUUGACUUUAACAACUUUCAAUAAUUUUAAAAACUUAUUAGCUAGUAGUAAUGGUUUAAUCAAUAAAGUAAUUGAUGUAUUAAAUGAAGUGAAAUUGUAUGAUUUUAUUCAAGAUGAAAGAGAAGAUAUAGUAAAAUUUACAUCAGAAAGAAUAGAUAGUUUAAAUUCAAUAAAAUCUAAGUUUGCUACAAUAAAUAACAAUUUAUCUCAAGAAACAUCUACAGAAAAAAUAAAGUAUAAUUUUUUUGACUCGCACGUGGAUACACCUGUUGGCAAGUGGGAAAAUAAAAGAAGAGUCAGUUAUGCAAUACAAUUUCACAGUUACGACACUUACUAUCCAGUUGGUGAAUGGUCUAUACCAUAUGCAAUACGCGGAAAAGCAAACCCAUCGCUUCAUAUCGGAGCUGACCCACAAGGAAGAACUCGUCUCAUCUUUAGAAAGUUUGAUAAUGAUGAACCAGAAUUGGUUGGUAUUAUUGAAGAUAAUGAUCAAAAAGAGUUUAAAGAUAUUGGUAGGGAUUUCUAUAAUGCUGUUUUAGAACCAAAUGAAGAUGUCGCCAUAGAUGAAAUGGAGGUUUUUCUUGAAAAUGGAUCCGAUGUUAAUGCUAGAUAUGAAAAAGGUAGACAGGCAAUUCAUGCUGCCGUGAUAAUUGGUAACCAUUAUGUCGUAGCAACUUUGAAGAGUAAAGGUGCUGAUGUUAAUGCAAGAGAUAUAAACGGUUAUACUCCCCUGCAUAUAGCUGCUGAAGUUGGACAUGGAAGUUUUAUUAAGUACUUAGUGGGUAAUGGUGCAGAUGUCAACGCAAAAACCAAUUUAGGAGAAACAGCUUUACACAUUGCUGCUGAAAAAGGUUAUGUAGAUACUGUGAUCAAUUUAAUGCAGAUUAAAAGUAUUCUCAUUAAUGCAAAAGACCAAAGAGGAUUUACUCCUUCGCAUACUGCUGCUUUCUUUGCUAAAACUAGUGUCAUUAAUCUAUUAUCUCAAGAUGAGAGGACUGAUCUUAAUAUGCAAUCUGAUGUAGGGUUAACUCCCCUGCACUUAGCAAUAAUUGGUGGGCAUAAUGAUACUGUUGAAGCUUUAUUGACCAGUGAUGGAAUUAAUCUUAAUGCUAAAACCAAGAGUGGGUUAACAGCUUUACAUUUUGUAUCUUUGCUUGGUAAUCCAAUCAUUGCUAAAUCCAUAAUGAGACAUGAUGGAAUUAAUAUUAAUGAAAAAUCACUUGAUGGUUGGGUGCCAUUACAUUCAGCCAUCGAAUCUAAAAAGGAAGAUGCUGCGAUGGAAUUAUUAGCAACUGAUAGCAUCAAAGUAAAUAUCAAAGGAAAAGAUGAUAUAACUCCAUUACACCUUGCUGCAUUAAAUGGACAAGAUAGUAUUGUAUCAAAAUUGUUCGAUAAAGGUGCAUCAGUUGAAGAUGUAGACAAACACGGUUAUACACCUCUUCACUUUGCUGUUGAGAGUGGUGAUCUAGAGAUAGUGAAACGUCUUGUUGCAAAGGGUGCUGAUCUAUAUGCAAAGCGAAAAGAUGGGUACACUCCUUUAGAUCUUGCUAUUUUUUAUGGUAAAUUAGAUAUUGUACAAUUUUUAGUCAAUAACAAAAGUGUUGAUAUUAAUACCAAAAAUAAGAAUGGGAUGACCCCUAUAGAUUUUGCAGCUCAUAAAGGCUACUUUGGUAUAGUUGAGUUUCUUAUAGAUAACGGUGCUGCACAAGGAUGUGCACUACACUGGGCUACUUAUGGUGAUCAUUUUAAUAUAGUUAAAUAUCUUAUAAAUGAAAGACACUUUGAUUUAAAUAAAAGAGAUAAAUACGGCAAUGUUCCCUUACACAUAGCUGCUUUACGAGGUCAUUUAAACAUAGUGAGGUACUUGAUAAAUUACAAACAAGUAAACUUAGAUAUAGAGAAUAAUAAUGGUCAUACUCCUUUUCUCUUAGCUGUUUUGAGUAGCAAUUUAGAUAUGGUCAAGUAUUUUAUUGAAAAAAAGAAUGUUAAUUUUACUAAUCAGAGGGACAAUAAUGGUAACACAGCACUACAUUUAGCAGUGUUAGGUAGCAAUUUAGGUAUGAUAAAGUACUUGAUAAGAAAGGGUGCAAACGUGAAUAUUGCUGAUAAUGAUGGUAAUACCCCUCUAUUUCUUGCUGCCUCGAGAGAUAAUCACUUAAAUAUGGUCAAAUACCUAAUACAAAAAGGAGCUGACUUCAGCACUAUCAAUAAUUAUGGCAACUCUCUUCUGCACUUUGCGAUUUUAAAUGGUUAUCUGAAUGUAGUAAAAUAUUUUACAGAAAGGAUGGCUGAUUUUAACUCCACUAAUAAAAAUGGAGAUACUCCUUUACACUUAGCUGCUUCUUCUGGCAAGUUGGAUGUAGUGAAAUACCUUAUUGAUACUAAAGGAAGUGAUUUUAAUCUUAAGAAUAAUGAUGGCAUGACUCCUUUGCACUUUGCUGCUGAAAAUGGUCACUUAGAUAUCGUCAAAUAUUUGAUUGAUAUUAAAUGGGCUUAUCUUGAUUUUAGAGACAAUUAUGGCAGAACUCCUUUACACUUGGCUGCUAAAAAUGGUCACUUAGACAUAGUCAAAUAUCUGAUUAAUACUAAGAAAGCUGAUCAUAACCUUAAGUCCAAAGAUGAUCGGACUAUAUUAUAUUUUGCUGCUGCUUCUGGUAACUUGGAUAUAGUGAAAUACCUUAUUGAUACUAAAGAAGUUGAUUUUAAUCUUAAAAAUACUGAUGGCAUGGCUCCUUUACAUAAGGCUGCUGAAAAUGGUCACUUAGACGUCGUCAAAUAUCUGAUUGAUAUAAAAUUGUCUGAUCCUAAUCUAAAAACCAACGAUGACAGAACCACUUUACAUUUUGCUGCUGCUUCUGGUAAUUUAGAUUUAGUGAAAUACCUUAUAGAAAAAGGAGCUGAUUUUACUCUUAAAGACAACGAUGGCAGGGUUCCGUUACAUUUUGCUUCUUCUUCUGGUAACUUGGAUUUAGUGAAAUACCUUGUUAAUACUAAAGGGGUUGAAUUUAACAUCAAGGCUCACAAUGGUAUGACUCCUUUACACUGGGCUGCUUUUUCUGGAAAAUUGGAUAUAAUAAAAUACCUAGUAGAAGAAGGGGCUAGUUUUAACCUUAAAGACAGUUAUGGCAGAACUCCUUUACACUUGGCUGCUAACAAUGGUCACUUAGAUACUGUAAAAUAUCUUACUGAUACUAAAAGAGCUGACUUCUAUUUUAAAGCCAAGGAUGGCAGGACUCCUUUACAUUUUGCAGCUGCUUCCGGCAACUUCGCUUUAGUACAAUACUUUAUAGAAAAAGGAGCUGAUUUUACUCUUAAAGACAAUUAUGGCCGGGCUCCUUUGCACUGGGCUGCUUCUCUUUAUAACUUGAAUGUAGUGAAAUGCCUCAUAGAGAAAGGAGCUGAUUUUACUCUUAAAGACAAUUAUGGUUGGACUCCUUUACACUGGGCGGCUUCUUUAAGUAAAUUGGAUGUGGUGAAAUACCUUAUAGAAAAAGGAGCUGAUUUUAAUAUUAAAGCUGAUGAUGGCACUAUUCCUUUACACUGGGCUGCAUCUUCUGGCAAGUUGGAUAUAGUGAAAUACCUUAUAGAACAAGGAGCCGAUUUUAAUGCAAAAGCCCAUAGCGGCACUACUCCUUUACAUUGGGCUGCUUCUUCUAGCAAAUUGGAUGUGGUAAAAUAUCUUAUAGAGAAAGGAGCUGAUUUUAAUAUAAAAUCCAACAAUGGUGAGACUCCUUUAGAUUUAGCUACUUCAAUUCAAGUAAGAGGCUUUUUAACACAACUAUUACAGCGCAACCUGAUUAAUGCUGCAAAGCAAGGUAAUCUUGAUUUAGUCAAAGAGUAUGUUAGUAAAGGGGUUAGUAUAGAUGCUAAAGAUGAGAAUAGUCGUACUCCUUUACAUUGGGCUGCUUCUUCUGGUGAUUUAGAUAUAGUGAAAUACUUUAUAGAAAAAGGUGCCAACUUACACUCUGUUGAGAAACAUGGUUACAUUCCUCUUCAUGCAGCAGCAGCAGUAGGUGCUUUAAAUGUAGUAAAAUAUUUUAUAGAAGAAGAGCAUGUCAAUGCAGAUUUUAAAGGUACUGAUGGUGGUUAUCACUGGACACCACUGUACUUUGCUGCCUGUAACAACAGAUUAGAUGUAGUAAAAUACCUUAUAGAUAAAGGUGCUAACUUACACGUUAUUGACAAACAUGGGUACACUCCUUUUCAUAGAGCUGUAGAAGAAAGCUCGUUAAAUGUAGUAAAAUAUUUUAUAGAAGAAAAACGUCUCGACGUAAAUCUUGAGGGUGUUGAUGGUGGUUAUCGCUGGACUCCACUGCACUGGGCUGCCUACAAUGGCAAGUUAGAUGUAGUAAAAUAUCUUAUUGAUAAAGGUGCAAAUGUGUAUGUCAUUGAUGUAUAUGAUCAUACUCCUCUUCAUAAGGCUGCUCAACAAGGUAAUUUAAACGUUGUUAAAUACUUUGUUGAAGAAAGAGGAAUGUCAGUUAAUGAGCACUAUUAUUGGCAGGAUGCAGACUGUCCUAUUUUUUGUGAUGAGAAAUGGGGUCCCACUCCAUUGAAGCUAGCAGAGGAUAAUGGCCAUCAUGAAGUAGUCUCUUAUCUUAAAUCAAAAGGUGGUAGCUAUGACGUCCGUAGUCGUCAUGGUAUUUUAAGUACUGCAGAUAAUUCUACUGCUGGAUCUCAUAAAAAUACGGCAGCUAAUCAAACAUUAGCAAUUAUUAUGCUACAAGCGGAUGCAGAAAACUUAGAGAGUAUGGAAUCAAAUAUAGAGACUGAUAAGGUUCAUAAUCAUCUUUUUGCUAUGGAAAAACAGUAUGUGACAAUGGAAAAGAAGCAUGUGACAAGUGGAGCAGGCAGAGCAACACCAUGGAUACCUCAAUUAGUGAGAAGCAUUACCCAAGGAAUAUAUGAAGGAAUAUAUAGUGUUAUCAGUGCAAAACCAGCAAUAAGUACAACUAUAAAACAUGAAGGAGCAAAAGAAAGCAAGCAAGCAAAUAUAGGUCAAUUUAACACAGAAGCAUGUAUGCAGAACGUUGAUGUCAAUGGUACAAUAAUGUUACUUGAUGUACUGAUAAGGAAGGUUACAGGUCAAAAGUAUGUUUCUACAGUAGAGCAAUCUGAGUCCUUACUAGAAGCACAAGCUGAAGCACAAAGCUAUGUACUAAAUAUUACAGAAAAGUUUGAAGAAUGGGUAAGAGAUGAGUAUGGUAUACAGGCUGGUGAAUCAAUAAACCUCGCUGAAAUGCAGUCAAAAAUAUUUAAAGCUAUCACGAGUGGUCAUGGUAACAAAGUUCCAGAUAUACUCCUCUCGUAUGCAACGCCUAUAAUAGGGCCAGAAAAAUCUGACCCACAAACUUGUUUGCAUCAUAUGACAGUAAAAAAUCUACUUUGUGCAGAGUGUAAAAUAUGAGAAGUGAUCAUCUUUAUCAUUCCAAGAGAAUGGCUCCUGGUAUUUUGGCUGUAGGUGAAUUUAAUAAGGAUAUUGUAAAUCUUGAUGAGCAUAGUCUGAUUGAACCACUGAAGAGAUUUCUUGGAUUAAUAAGUAAAGAC